AAGCAAUGAAAACCACCGAGUACGGGAUUCUAGGGGCGUGUUUGAACGCUCGUCGACGGUAGAUGGUACCGCCCGCCGAAGGUCGAAUCCUUGUGCAAAUGGGAUAUUUUUACUCAUGCGCCACAGCCAAAUCCAUGUCUAUACCGCUAACUGUGAGCCUUUCACGCAGAGAACUCACUGCUGCGCACUAGACGGGUUCUAUCCUGUUUCUUUGCAACUAACCCGUGGUUGAUCACGGUGCGAACAAAAAGCUAUGCUACAUGCCCUUGGUUGAUCUUCAACUUUUUAACACCUUUUUCUCGACUGAUUCGUUUACAUUUAAACGAAAUCCUAUAAAACAACGACAAACUGUUCGUCAGCGGCGUAAAAAACUGUUUGAGCGUAGCCAAAACCGUUUACAUCAGAGGACCCCGCAUUAUCCAAGAUGGCCAAUUAUUUGCAGAGAUUGUGAAAGUGGAAGUGACGUCAAAGUUUUCUAUAAGGUGGACAAAGAACAUUUUCUUGACGAGUCCCGCCAAUAUUCUUCCAUUGCGCUUGCGGAUCGAUAUUCCCAGCCAGACUGGCGAACAGCUGUGACCCCGUUUCCCGUGACUACCCAACUGAUCGUGCUCAUUAGUAUCCUGAACGACUCGUAGUAUAUUAUCUCUAACCAUAGAUUCAAUCUUUCGUUUUCGUCCGGUGGUGCGAUUACAAAACUAACUCUACUUGAAUGACAGCCCCUUAUCAAUUUCCGUACCAUGUUAUGUUCGUCUGUAAUUUAGGCGGGAAAUUGGGCGGAUAUAAAAAAAACUUAAUAACUGGGCAAAUUUAACGAUCACAACCGGUUGUAGCGGGACAAGCUGUCAACAGUAAAGUGAUCCGACAGUCAUAAGCUCACUGUGCGCUUUUCACAAUGUGCUUUCAGCAGCUGACUUCCGUUGGAAUGCAAUGAAAUAAGAGCAAGAGUUGGGAAAAAAUGACGGCAGACUAGAAAGUUGACGCUGUGACCAACUGAUUACCAUUCUGUAUAUCGUGUUAUUAGCAGUUUUAUUUUUCCUGGAAACGGUCGCCUUAUACUACCGCAAGUGGAUUGUGUUAUUGUUAUUCGGCUGUGUACAUAGAAAACAAACUUAUCAUCACGACCACAUAGAAAGUCUUUUAGCUGAAACUUUACGCUUUCGACGCCGAACUUGAUGCUGGUUGGAUGACUGUUGAGGGCAACAACCCGUAAGAGAAAAACGAACAACUCUAGACGCGCAAAAAACUAGUUUGAUCAAAUUUCUCCGUGACUGCACCAAUUUUUCAAGGAAGAAAGCGUUUGUCCUUUGCCGAAGCUAGUCUAGGUUUUAUUUUGAGAAACAACAUUUGUCGCAUUCGCAGAGGAGCUUUCGGAUGUUCAACAAGUCUAAUAUGUUUGGGAUCCUUUGUAAAAAAAAACGAAAAACAGGUGAAAUGUCGCCCACGGCGGCCCAUUUGACUGGAGAAAAAACUCUAACUAUUCUUCACUUUAACGACGUGUACAAUGUGGAGUCGGUGAAUACGGAGCCUGUUGGCGGAGCAGCUCGUUUUUGCACGGCAUUUAAAUCAUUCUCUCAUUUGCAUCCCCUGGUUUUGUUCAGCGGUGAUGUAUUCGCUCCGUCAUUCAUGAGUACAUUCACCAAAGGAGAGCAGAUGGUACCAGUCCUCAAUGCCCUAAAUAUUCAAUGCGCGGUCUACGGAAACCACGAUUUCGAUUUCGGUAUUGACGUGUUGAAGCAAAGAGUUGAAGCCACAACGUUUCCUUGGCUAAUGUCCAACGUGAUAGACAACGAGACACGGAGGCCACUGGCAGAUGGAAAGUGCAGUCUAGUUAUUGAUUGGCACGGAACCCGCAUCGGACUGGUGGGGUUGGUGGAGAAAGAAUGGCUGGACACACUUUCAGCGGUUGAUCCGGAACACGUAACGUACACCGAUUACGUAGAAUGUGGCCGUUUAUUGGCGCGCAACCUGAAGGAUAUCCAAGGUUGCAGAACUGUGAUUGCCUUAACUCACAUGCGAACACCUAAUGAUCUCAGAUUGGCUAAGGAAGUAGAGGAGAUCGAUUUAAUCCUUGGAGGCCAUGAUCAUGUUUCAGAAUUUAUAGAGGUGGAAAAUAGGUGCAUCAUCAAGAGUGGGACGGAUUUCCGUCAAUUUUCUGAAAUCACGAUGCGCUUUUCUGGCGAGAAAGAAAAGCCAUCAAUCAGUGUUAGACUAAUAGACGUUACCUCUCAAUACGACGAAGAUGAGGACCUUAAAAAGGUUUUAGAUGGUUUUACAGGCGUGAUUGGAGAGAAAAUGGAGGAAGUCUUGGGUGAAUUCACGGUUCCUCUAGAUGGCCUUUUUGCUUCUGUUCGCACUUCUGAAACCAAUUUAGGAAAUUUUAUCUGUGAUAUUAUGGUGGCUGCAACUGAUUCGGAUUUGGCUCUACUCAACUCUGGGACUCUGCGAUCUGACAAGAUACAUCCGCCUGGUCCGUUCAAAAUUCGUGAUUUGAGUCAGAUUCUUCCUAUGCUUGAUCCUCUAAUCGUCGUCGAAAUUUCCGGCGAGGAUUUACUCGCCGCAUUGGAGAACGGUGUUUGCAUGUACCCAAAGUUGGAGGGUCGUUUCUUACAGGUCGGCGGAAUGAGUUUCGCCUUCGAUCCCACAAAACCACCGCUCCAGCGUGUAGACCCGCGAUUCGUUCGUAUCGGCGAUCAGUAUUUGGAGCUCAAAACUAAAUAUCGUUUAGUGACAAAGGCGUACAUGAUUGCUGGCAAAGACGGAUUCGAUGUUAUGAAAAGGCAAAAAAUCCUGGUUGAUGAAGAAGACAGUUUGCCACUAAACUGUGCAGUGCAAAAUCAUUUCCAGGCUAUCCAGAAGCUUUGCGCUAAGAACAAACGUCCAACUCAUCAUAGGCAAAGUCUUGUUACUCUUUCUCGAAGACAUAGUUUGGCUCGUACAAUUGAGAGCGAAUUGCAUCCAGACGGAAUGAUCCCAACCGCUAUUCCAGAAACUGGAUCAAUCCGUCUCCGACGAUGCAGUACAAUCGAAGCUCCAAACGAAGCACUACUAUUUGAAGAUAGCUCAGCUGUAGUUGACGUUGAGGUACCGAUACACAACAGGCCAAGAGCACCGAAACUGCGGAGACAAUCCAGUAUGGAAGAAGUGGAGAAAGCUUCUUGCAAAUUGGAACCACACAUCGAAGGCAGGAUUGUUGUCCUUAAUGAGGAAACACUGGUGCAUCUGAUGAGCGAACGUGAAGCGUGGCAGAAAAGUGUGGCGCGUACCAUCAGGGAAUCCAGUGAAAAUUGAUUCUUUUGUCCUACGGCCUUGUUAUAAGGAUCAAAAUAAUGUUGGAGGCACUAGCAUUAAUUUACCGUUUCUUCUCUAAAAAUCUGAUUGUUAAACGUUAUUCACUCCUGUUGUUUCUUCGAUAAAUUUGGCUGUUAAGUCUUUUUUCCCUCUAACGUCCAUGACAAAACUUCUGAAGCUUUUACUCCAUCCAUAUGCCCGUUUAAUCUCAGCAAUACAGAAAUUUUUGAUUAUACAGAAA